UUUGUAUGCUUCUCAUAGAAUAAUGUCUAAGUGUGUGAUUGUUGACACAGCAAAUUUGGAGUUCUUCCACACUCAAUUUGUCAUGUCUUCUUUUCUUUGUAUAAUUUAUCAGCAAAUACAGUUCAAACUCUUCCUUUGUUCACCUUUCAUUCUGUUUUUUGCUAUUACUAGUGACUUCUAAAAACUCAUAUAGCUUCAUGGGAAAUCAUGCACUUACUUACAAUAAAAUCAUGAUUCAUAUUUGGUUUGUUGCAUGGAUGUGCAUAACUCUAUGCAAUUCUCAACAACCUUAUGACAUUUCCAUUUGUACAUCAAAUGAAAUUUUUCCAGGUUCAAGAUACACAUGCAAUUCAACACAUGAUCUUCAUUCAUGCAAAACAUUCUUAGUCUAUAGAUCCAACCAAAACUUCAACACAAUUUCACAAAUUUCAAACCUCUUCAACAAAAACACUAAUGAAAUUCUUCAUAUAAACAACCUCACAUCUUCAUCUCAAGUACUCAAACAAGGUAAAGAGGUUCUUAUUCCUGUGGAAUGCACCUGUUCUGGCCAAUUUUAUCAGACCAAAGUCACCUACAAAGUUCUUGAAACUGCAACAACAUUUUCAAACAUUGCUUGUGAAGUUUUUGAAGGACUAGUAAAAAAUCUCACCUUGGCAGAGGAAAAUCAUCUUCAAGAGCCUAAAGUUGGUGAUUUGUUUGAUGUACCUCUUAGAUGUACAUGUCCUCAAAAUGACUCUAGUAUUAAAAGAGUAAAGUAUUUUCUAACAUAUCCUUUAAUACAAAAUGAUGAUUCAGAUAAACUUAGUAAAAAAUUUGGUUUCUCAACUCAAGAUUUCUUGGAAGCUAAUGAAUUGAAACCAUUUUCAACUAUUUAUCCCGACACAGUUGUUUUGAUUCCAUUAAGUGAUAAUGGUAAUGUUCCAAUCAAAAUAUUUGAUAUUCCUGAUUCACCUUCUCCACCUCCUGGUUUUCUUCCAACAAAUCCAUUGAAGCCACAAGAAUCAACACAACCAUCAAAUUUCUAUAUUGCAGGACCUAUUAUAGGUUUUUUGUUGUUGCUCAUAACAUUAGUUGCCAGUGGACUAUAUAUGAAAAAGUUGAGAAAAAAUGAUGAUGUUCAUUCCUUUAUUAAUCCAACAAACUCAACAACAACCUUAUGGUCUUCACCAAUGAGAACAUCUACAACUACUUCAUGUUUAUCACCUGAUUUUCUUGUUGGAUUGAAGUAUUGUUUGCUCAAUUACCAUAUAGAAGAAGUUGAAAAAGCUACAAACUUUUUUAGUGAUGAGAACAAGUUUGGUGAUUUUGUUUAUAAGGGUAUGAUUAAUGAUAUUGAUGUGAUGGUAAAGAGGUUGAGAUUUGAAGAAACUAGUGAGGUAAUUGAUUUACAUUCAAGAAUCAAUCACAUUAAUAUUGUGAAUUUACUUGGUGUUUGUUAUGGUGAGAGCAUUAAUGUUUCAAUGUGUUACUUAGUUUUUGAGUUACCUAAAAAUGGUUGCUUAAGGGAUUGUUUAAUUGAUCCAUGCAAUUCAUUAAAUUGGUUUAGAAGGAUACAAAUAGUUUUUGACAUAGCAACAUGUCUAUACUAUUUACAUUAUUGUUCUUUUCCUUCCUAUGCUCAUAUGAAUGUGAAUAGUAGAAAUAUAUUCAUAACAGAAAAUUGGAGAGGAAAAUUGGCUGAUGUUGGUGGGGUUUCUAACAAUAUUAAUUUGCAUGGAUCAGUUUCACAAAAAGUUGAUAUUUUUUCAUUUGGGGUUGUUUUGCUUGAGUUGAUAUCAGGAAGAGAAAAGUUUGAUGGAAAAUCAAUUAAAGAUUGUAUUGGUUUUUUGUUGGGGGAAGGUAGUGAUCAAGGUGGUUGUUUUGAAGGAUUGAGGAGUUUUAUGGAUCCAAAUUUGAAGGAUUAUUCACUUCCACAGGCUCUGUGUUUGUGUUUUUUGGCUAAGGAUUGUGUGAAAGAUGAUCCAUUGCAUAGGCCAACUAUGGAUGAUAUCAUGAAGGUGCUUGCAAAAAUGGUUUAGGUAAAAUUAUGGUAAUCAUGAAACUUCAUUGUAAGAAAUAUUUAUUCAUGAGAAAUAGUUUCACAAUCAUUCAUUAGUAUUAGUAUUGACAAAACUUUAUAAUUGAGUCAUUGUUAAACAAUUUGAUGGAAUAAAAAUCUUCUCUGUUUUUCUAAAAAAAAAA